GAAAAUCAGUGAAAAUAGUGAGAAAAAUUGGCAAAAAAACCCAAUCUUGCGAGCACUUCUAGUGUCGAAUCUUCAAGUUCAGUGUCGAGUAUGACAACGCCAGAAUCAUCACUUGCGGCAUUCUAUCUGCGCCCUAACCAGCCUCACAAGUCUGAAGUCACGGCAGAACACGGUCACGUGUACCAGAAGGAGCUCUUCUUCUACUUGUGCCUGGUCUUGAACAACUGGGAAGAGUGCAGAUACUGGACAAUUGGCUUCGAAGUGACAGAUUUGAAGAAAUUCGAUGAUAUUGUUGCGGAAUUUGAAGUGAACAACGAGGAAUAUUCCUUCUUUAUACAGACUAAACAUGCCGCACAUGCCGACAAGAAAGUCACGCGAGAUCACAUAAUUCCACAGCCAGGUAUUCAGCAGAAAAAUAAAAGCCAGGAGAAGAGCUUUGAGAUCAAUCAAUACUAUGAAGCCGUGGUGAAGAGUAAGAAAUCUCCAAAUCGCACAUCGAAGUUUAUUGUAUUGACAAAUAGUGAGAUUGAUCUUGAUGAAACACAAUCAACGGAUAUUCUAACCAUCGUUGAUGAAUCAAAUGCAGUUUAUUGUGAAUUGUUCAGAGAACUCAAGGACCGCUGUGAAAGGGACAUGAAAGUGAUCAAAUUUGCCAAAGAAAUCCCUUUAAGUGGCGGUGCGAAGAUUACUGAUGCAUUCUUCUUGGACAAUUUCUCUUACAUUUCCAAAUUUCCGAGCUCUCAAGAACUCAUGAUCAUCAAUAAUGUUCUGUUGUCGCGCAAAUACAGGAAUUUCCCCACCAAGAAUUUCUUCAAAGUGCGCAAUAAUGUGUUCGAGUCGCUGAGCCUCGAGAAAGACAGCGAAGGGAAACUCCUGAUUUCUGUAAGCAAUUCGACUGGAUAG